AUGAAUUACAAAACUAAAGAUUUAGCUCCCAUUGCUAUCCCACAUGGACCACCUGUGGAAUCCACUUCUGAGUACUUUAAGUCUUUGAUGGAAAGCACCAGAAUGGUCAAAAAAUAUCCAGUAUGGGACAUUGCACGACCAACUCCUCAAGUUUUGAUGGAGCAGGCUCGCCGGGACCUGAUGGAGGCGGACAUCAAGUUGGCGCUCAAAAGAGAUGAAGAGAAACGAAAUCGAGUUGUCAUGGACGCUAAGUGGGAAGACUUGAGGAAGAAAGAAAAUCUGCUGAAAGAGUCUUUUAUCAGUUUUAACAAAUUCAUUCGAGAGAACCAAGAGAAGCGAGAUCGAGCUGAACGUAAGAUGCAAGCUGACAACGAGGUUCUAGAACGCAAGACGAAAGAGACAGAAGCUAUGCGACAGAGAGUCAUUGAGAUGGAAGAAGUCAAGAAGCUGAUGGAAAAGCAAGUCAAAGACUACACUAUUUACGAAGAUUACCUCAUGUCGGUAGUGAACAAUUAUCCUGAGUUCAAACAACCCCUGGACGUGCUCAAUCGUUAUGAAGCUUUGGCUGCUGCUAAAUCAACACUAGCGGAUCGUCAAGAGCGAGAUCUGGAGAUGUUGGAGAACGCACGCCAGGAGAUAGCGUCGCUGACUGAGGAGAAGAAACUCUUUAUUAUGGGACUUAACAACACGCUUGCUAAUCUCAGGUGGCGCUACGACAAAAUCCGGAACAGGGUGAUAAAAUGGGAGUUGGCGUUGAACCGACUGAAGGAGACUGCAGCACGGCGUCACGUGGAGCUGUGCCACGUUAAAUCAGCUAUUUGGAGUCUUUACGUCAAGAUUUGCAAGCAGAAAGGUUUAUCUAUCGACGUUGAUACCAACGACUUCGAACAACAGCUGGUGGUCAUCAUGAGAGCUCUACUGGAACUGCGCAGGAUUUAUAGAAUCGCUCAAAAGAGGUCCAAAGAGAAAGAUAUAGAAUCACGUGAAUAA